AGCAACUCCUGUCAAACUAAAACAUAACCUGCGGUCAUUGUUUUGUAGAUGUAUCCGUAAUAUGAUUCGUAUUGAAAAGUAGGUGCUCAAAAAUAUCAGUGCAUAAAAAAAUAUGAACAGAUCACAGCAAAAUUAUGGUUCAAUAUCAGGGCCCUCCGUGGGUUUUGCUGGAACAAAUUCACAGGAAUUGAACAGUUUAUGUGACUCAGUGGUUACAAAUUUAUAUACAAUAAACGGAAGCAUAAAAACAUUAGACAAUGCAUUAAAAACAAUAGGAACAAAAAGAGAUAACCAAGGUUUAAGAAACAAUGUGCAUGUUACACAACUAAGCACUAAUCAAAUAGCCUCAACUACAACAAAAAACAUUGCUAAACUUAAAAGUCUUGUUGUCAAAGCUGGAAAACAGGAACAACUACAAGUAGAAAAACUAGAGGAAAACUUUAAAGAAACGAUAAAUCGAUAUUAUUCCCUACAAAAAGAAGUUGCCAACAAACAAAAAGCUCACCUUUUAGUAUCUGUAAGUAUAGAAAAUGAACCAACAACUCCAGAUGAUGAAGAAAAUAGACAAAAACAUGCUCAAAUGGCAGGAGAAUUUGAGUUUGAGCAAGGUAUGCUAUUGGAAAGAGAAUCAAGGAUAAAACAGAUAGAAUCUGAUGUUUUGGAUGUGAAUGAAAUUAUGAGAGAAUUGGGUUCUAUAGUAAGCCAACAAGGAGAAACAAUUGAUACAAUUGAAAAUAGUAUUGAUCAUGCCACAGGUAAUGUUGAAUUAGGUACUGAACAACUGUUACAAGCAUCAAGAUAUUCAAAUAGGAGUAGAAAAAAAUUAUUAAUCUUGGCUGUGAUUGGGCUCAUUAUUGUAAUAAUUAUUAUAUUAAUUGUUUUUAUAAAAAAAUAGUUAUGCUUUUGUCAAAUUCAUUACAAAUGUGGUACCC